AUGGCUACUCAAGCCGAUAUAGAUGUCCUGUCCGACAAACUCAGCACGACUAGGCCUUUGUCAUGGAUUAUAGUAGAUUGUCCCGUUGUUGCCAUCUUCAAGAACAAUUUCACCGAACAUCAGGAUUCACUCGGCCAACCUUUGAACCGGAAUGGAUGUGGUGACUUGCUCAGACUCUGGGUGGGCAUGAACGAGGAUACCCACGAGCUAUUUGUGACCUUGACUAUCCGUAUUCGAGUGUCGCCAGUCAGAAAGAAGACUCGUCGACAGGGCCGUCUUAUGUUCAUGAUCGUUCCAGCCAACGCCUUGCAGCUGCAAGGUACUGUCGUUGACUAUGCGGAUCUGGAUAACAAGCUUUCGCCGUCCCUAUUCGACAUGCCCAGUGAUACUCAAUCUGGAGAGUGCAAACUCUUGCACGUAUCUCUAAACCUCGGGCCUCACAUUAGUGAUGUUAUAAUGCCCGAAUAUCAGUGCAGAUCGAAUGUUGUGCCACAAGCCAUGGUUCUGCUUCGCAAGCUCAAGUCACUCUCUGAGGCGUCCUCCUUCCACCUAUAUACCAACCAGGAUGAAUCGAGACAGGCAGCAAUCCAGCAUGUAUCCAACAUACUGCCGGAUGGACAUGCAAUGAUGACUCCUUCUGUUGACCUAAAAGGCUUUUAUCCUGGAGGCCGCUCAGCGUGUAGGAACAUGUGGGUGGAACAAGGAUGGCUAAAAGCUGGAGACAAGACUGUUGCAGAUGGACAUUAUGGAAUCGAGAGGAAUCAGAAAAAGAUACAAGACACCUCUGAACAGCAACCUCCUCCACCUUACGAGCCAAACACCGUGCCAAGUCCUGUAAUCGCAUCUCAGCGGCCAGACGAAGUGCUCUCAUUACCACCAGUCAUUGCCCUUGAGCCUCAACAGGGACUGCCAGAACUGCCGGCGACAGCACCUCCGAGCACAGAUAUACAUGUCGGCUUGGACGGCCAAUAUGCCUGCGCGCACAAGUCUGCAUCUCCGUCAAUUGCGAUAGAUCAAGUAUGCUCCCAUGCUCGUCGUUGUUCGCCUUCGACACCUGAAGCAUCUCUCUCAUCUGGUUAUACCGCGACUUUUCUGUCUGGAUUCCCGACCCAGUCGCCAAUACAUAGGAUUCGAGACGCCUUGGCAGCCAAAGCAGUCACGGCAGAGAGCUCUUGCCCAUCUGUACAAGUAGCUGCAUCUUGCAUUGGCGAUCGCGCCUUCCACACCGAUAAUGCUUCAACCCGUGCCAACACGCCGAGCGCGAUCUUCAAUUCAUUUCCCGGCUCUGCGACGCGGAAACGACUACCCUCGUACUCGCUUGAAGAAGUUACCAGCAACAUUGCCAAAAGACAGGCUGUUGCUCAGCCAAGCGCACAAACCUUGCAUCUCAAUAGCUUACGAGCGGACUUCUCACCAACGGUCGCUGAUACCAUAUCUCAUCAUGAUGCGAAUACAUUUCAUGCGUCAACGAAAGAAGACGACUUCUCCACACAAGGAAAUCAGCUCUCGCAAUGGCUUUCCCAUGCCUGGCACCACUGUCCUACAGCUCACUAUCUCUUCAUUGCGGAAUUGUUGAGCUAUGGUGCCGCAUUGUCUGGCAAUCACUCCCAAGACGAUAUAACAACCUGCCACAUCAACUGUACACUUGCCCUCCUCGCUCAUUGCACAAAGCAAAGACUAGCCGAAGACUUCAACUAUGCUAGCACCGAUCGCGAGGUCGAUGCAGAGACGAGAGCUUUGAUCAGGUGGUUGUAUGUGCUUCGACCUGGUGCUGACAUGGAGAUGUUUUCUGCCUUGCUUCACCUGUCGGUCUUGAGUCAACAGUCACUUCUCGUUUCGCGUCUAGGCGGGGAGUACGAUUCUCUUGUGGCUGGCUUCCAACGACAGAAGGCAGAGCUCGUGAGUCAAGUCUGUAUACAACACGGUGCAGCAGUGCUGCAGAAUCACUCGAACGAUUUCAUCUCGAUGAUGCUGAGGGAAAAGGACUGUGUACACGACAUGUAA